CGACACUGACAAGAAAAAAGUACUAAAAAAAUCUACAUUGAAAUUAUAAUUUUUCAGGAAACAGUAGAGAGGAGGUCCAUGUGGGAGUCAGCCACGGUGUCCUGCUUGGUUUCAAAAAUAACCAAUGACCAGUGUCCAUUUCAUCCCGCUUGGCCUGUUGCUGGCCCUGCCACUCGACACCCGCUGGUUAUUUCAAUAUGAAGGAGCUAUGGCUGAGUCCAUGUGUUCCAGCCGCUCGCUUUGGCCACAGCGACUGGAGCGUCUAUUUUGGUAGAUUCUCAGCUCGCUAUCAGGAGUUGGGGCCACACUGAGUGCAUUUGAACAUGGAACUGAAGGCUUGACUCGCUCUGGAGUGGAUUUUUCUUAAUUCUCUGCUGGACGUGAAUGUGAACUGGAUUCUUGGAUUCUGCUCCAGGGAUUUGAAGCGCUGCUUGUCAGAUUGGAGCCCAACGUGAAACAACCAUGAAACAACACUGUCAAGGAAAGCUAUGUGUCUCCAGUUGAAGAAAGCAGCGCUAUGCCAUGGAGUGACCAUCCUCUCAGACACGCCAUGCCUGAUGUCAACCUGAGCUGAAGAAUCUUUGAUGGCACAAAGCAGGAAGAAAGCAGUUGACAUAAUUGGCUGUGUUGAAAAGCGACACUGGAGCCACCGAACGGGCAACAUGCUCCACCACCGCUUCCCUAACGGCUUCGCCGACCUGCUCAUGGACGAGACCGACCGUGAGGUCAGCACGCUCACCGAUAGAGCCUUUCGAAGUCUCUGCGUCGGAGAUGACGCCGUUUACAACGAUGACUUCCUUCGCGGGUACUCGCCUUUCAGCUGCCAUAAACCUUUAGCGGGGGAGCCGCUUAAAAAGGUUCAUCAAAAGGAAUCCAAAAAGCAAAGAAAGAAUGAAAAGGAGAAAGAGAAGAACUUAUCCAACAUGUCAUCCUUUCUUCAGGCUUUAAGCGCCACGGGGGACAGCUGUGAGGGCUUGCUCAUCAAAAACGGUGGCACCGCGGACUCAAACGGGGAAUCGUGGGAUAAGUCUGCACUUCGCAGCAUCCAAAGAGAACUUUCGGAAUUCUCCUCGGAUUAUCAAGCUAAUCUCACAGGUGGACAUUAUGAGAAACAAUGUGACAAAAGUGGCAAAGGUGCUCCUUUGUCAUCGGGAAAAUCAUCCAAGAACAAAGAUGGAAAAUCCACUAUCAAGCUAAAGAAGCUUAAUAUAAAAAACUUUUUCCUUCACAGUGAGUUGAGCCCUUUCCAAACAUGGAGAGGAAUGAGGCAGUUCUCCUUCGGCCACGAGGACACGUCUAUUCUCCCAGCUGCUAUAACGCCAAAAUGGUAUGACCUGCCAUUUUACAAGGAGCUAACAGAGGCUCAUAUAAAAGAGCACACAGAGGAGAUACUGAAAGAAGCAGGUGAAACCGCCCCUCCUCCUCCUAAACCCGUCAGCCCCCCUUCACCACCCAAAGUACUACCAAAGCCCUCAGCUGGACAACCUCAGAAAAGGUGCUCCUCAGAUGCAACGGAUGGAAGCGCUGUUCCCUGGAGGCAGGCUAAGACCGCACUUCCUGUUAAGCAAGAGAUGCCGCCUCAGGGGAAAAGUUCGACGGCAAAAAUAGACGGAACUGAUUUGUUGAUACAAAACGAAACAAUGUCCGUAGAAGCGAAAGCAAUGGAGGACGUCAGCCCUGCCGCCUCGACUCCGUUCAGCAUCUGCCAGCUGAUGACCCCCCUCAUUCCUUCCAGACAACCAACAGAAACAUCAGAAAUCCUCCAAGCUGUGCUUUCGCCUUCCGUGCUCGACCUUCCCUGCAGACCGCACUCUGAGGCCAAACUUACACCAGAACUUCCACUGAAGCGGGACGGCUACAAAUCUCUGGCUUCGAGCAUCCUCUUCAACCUUAAGGACAACAGGAAGAGGGUCAAAAGUCGGUACAGUCCACCCAAAUUUAAAACUUUAGACACUCCUGGAAGUGACACCAAAUCUCCAGGCUCAGAUAGUCUCAAACAACAAAAUAUCUCCUCUGGCGUAAGCACUCCUGCUGUUUCAAGAGAAGGACAGGACAUAUGUAGUCCAGUUUUGGAGUCUGUCCCCGUCCCAAUUCCUGCUCUUACGAAGCCUGAAGCUGAUCGGCCCCAAUCUGAUGAUUAUUUGUUGUCCAACCUGCUACAAAGCAAAAAGGAGGCUUUCGGUAAUCUCGGUGAGGAGAAUCCAAGUUCUGUAAUCAUGCACUCAAAAAAGAACAAAAGCCACAUUGCUAAAACGCAAAACUAUCCUUCCCUUAAUUUAUACAAGAAAAGCAGUCCUACGGUUUCCACUGAUCAGUCAAAUGAAAUUUCACUUUUGAAUCCAAGCAACAUUUCCCAUAAAGGUCUUUCCCCAAAUACUUCAGACAUCAUCCAAGCGCCCUCACGCAAAGACUUUGGAGAUGAGCGUAUUAGUUUGGGGCCAUCCAUGACCAUCAUGGAUGUGAUCAAAGCUGCAAGGGACGCCAUUAAUGCAACCAAAAAUAAAGCCCAGUCCGCAGCUCAUUCGGUAAGCAUUAGUAAACCUGAGGACAAGGAAACAAAUGAGACGUUCAUGUCCUCGAAAGUAGAAAAUAAUUCACUUGGACCUGAACAGAAUCUUAUCAUCAAGAAAGAUCCCCCACCAGUUCCCAAGAAAAAGUUCACCCAACCAGACAUUCAAACGAAAUCAAAUGUCAGCGAUCAACUUUUUAACAGCAAUUUCACCGAAACCAAACUAGAUGAAUCUGCCCGAGAAGACAAUCUGAAGCACAUCUUCUCAGACAAACUGAACAACUACAUCAAACAUCAGAGGCACUCUGUCACAGACGAGGAACAGCGAGACGAAGAAGGUGACGUGAACGUGAGGACAGAAAAGGACGCUGCAAGAGACAGUGAACAUAUCAUUCACGACUUGCAUGUUUUGAAAGAGCUAGAGAAAGCACGACUUUGCGAUCGGGAGAACAAAACGGGAGUUUCAAACAAUAUAGACGAGGAGGCCAGAGCUAAGAACGAUUUGAUCUCCAAGGAGCUGAAGAAUAUCAAGAAGGGAAUGCUAUCCAUGAGAGGAAACACUUCUGCUAAGAGGGAAAUAUUUUCCAAAAUACAGAAGAAGCCGAAUAAGCAGGAGGCGCUAGCAAGGACGGACGGCGACGUAUUGAUAAAUAAAUCACUGAUAAACAGCAAUUAUGACAAAGCUAAAAUGGCACUUGAAGAGAUCAUAUCGGAUCGACAGAUGAGAAAGAAUGUUACUGAUGGAAUUUAUGGAGCGAAAGUACAGCAAAGUAAAAACACGACGAAAGAAUCUGUUCCAGAGGACAAAAGAGAGGACGGUCUACGGGAAAGGUUGGGGGAUCUACGAGACCACAAGCACAUGAGACACAUCCUCUCUCAGACUGAACCCAGACCUGGUGAGACUCACAGAUCAGGUGGCAGAGUGGCUUUACCUGGUAUGGCGCUAAAUUCACCCUUAAGAUCGGACUUUAAGCAUGCCCAGGAAAGAGUAAACGACAAUUCUGAGAAGUCGGAGGAUGUAAAUAUAACGCAGUUGUCUGAUGAAACCUCUGAGAUUCAUGAAACCAACGGGUUAAAAACACCAACUGUUCCUCCUCGCAACAAAAAAGGAGGUAACAGAAAACUUGGAAGCAUGAUAAACGACAUUACAGAAGAGGAUCCCCAUACAAAUGCAACAAAAGAGCAUGUACACAAAAACACAAAGGACACUUUGCCGUUCAUCUCUCAUGAAGAGACGAGCCAUGCCAAUAUGGCGUCUGAUGCACUUCCUCCCCAACACCAACUAAAUGAAAAAUACGAUUCUUUGUUAUCAGAGUUAAAAACCGAUAUAGAGUCAGAUACCACAAUUGAAGCCUCAAGCGAUACUGUUGAUAUCUCUUUAAAUCUUGAUAACAUAACCACACCCAGUCAUGUCUUUGAGACAAACGACAAUAUGGACGCAGAAGCCAACCCCAGGACUAUAAUCUCCCCUGAAUUACUUUUGAAUGGCGUCAGCGUGGACGACCACACUAGCAUGUCUUCCAAAUCCUCUUACUUCUCCGUGGAGAGUCCACCCCACAAAAUGACCGAACCAAACCUUUACCAAUCUCUGGAGAACCUGAAUGAAGUAGGAUUUGAGGACAGACACGAGCAUGUUCUUAGACACUUGAAAAAAGAUUCUGAGGGCCCAGAGAGAGAGUAUUACUCCUUCAGUGAGGUUGAAGGUGAAGGUGAAGAAGACACACAGAUCCAUAAGGAAAGUUGCUCAAGUACCGCUGAUGGUCCGGUUUCAUCUCAAGAUGACGCUAUUCCAACGCCGGUGUCACCGUGUGAGACUUUUUCUCCAACUUUGGGGAUCCCUGCGUUGUUUAAAAUCAAAGACAACACUUUGAGCAAUAAGUCAAAGAAGUCCGUACAACCCUGGACUACGAGGGGUCUUCUGAAUAAAGACAAGGAAGAGGAGGACUUGCAUCAAUUAAAUGAACCCCCAUCUGCUAACGGACCGGCUCCCAGUGGAUCAGUCGUUAAAUCUAAAGAGACUUUGUCUAAUGUUUCUCCACCUCCUGUUCUGCAGACAGAGAAAGUCCAUGAUGGAGGAUUAGCAGCUGCAAAGGAGAAAGUGGCGAGUCCAAUAUCUGAAGGUGUGGACGAUCUAACAACACCACCGGUGGACGUAUUGAAAGUUCCGAGCGAACGCUCUGCGUCAACCUGCAGUGGUAACGACAGCCAGUUGGGAUUGCUCAAACCUCCGGCUGUCUUACCCAAAUCUGAACGUGCCGUCCUCAAAGCCAUGAAGCUCACGAACCGACGAAUGAAGAAGGAAGAAGCGCACAAGUCGACUGGGAAACACAAAACGGACAGAAGUGACAAAUCAGACGGAAAGAGGAGUGAGAGAAAACAUCACAGGGAAGGUGAUAGAAAAGUUGUGCCUAAUGAUGAACAUUCGCAGAAAAAAUCCACCAAGACGAGAAACCACCAUUCGGCGGAAAGCAACCACGUUAACAAUGACCGCCUCCUUGCAUCGGAACGCCAUGUCCACAGCAGAGAAAUUCCCGGUAAACCAGAACAAAGACGCUACAGUGGCAUCAGCAAUGUUCCUGUCUACAAAGCCCACGUUGGCGAGAAACCGGCAUUGAACCCUCGCUCUCAAAGCAUUGACAGAUACCUGGGGAAUAGAGUGGAUCGCAGGCGUAGCGCCGACUUGUCAUUCAACGAGAAACUCGACCCGAGAAGUACGCGCAUUGAGAGAUCCAUCCUGGAUGAGUUGCAGCAGAGAGGCAGAGUCAGAGAGAGGGCAACCAGAGAGAAACCGUUGAGAAGGAGCCACAGCAUCGACGUGCCACCUCCACCUCCGCCGCCGCCGCCGACUUUCUCCCGCCAGUCAAGCCACACCAGCCAGUUCUCUCGUCAGUCCAGCAUCGAACACGCCAUUGUCACACAAUCCUUCCCCAUGACCCAACGGAAGCUCCUCCAGGAUCCAGACUCAGGACAGUAUUAUUUUGUGGACAUGCCAGUACAAGUCAAAACCAAAACAUUCUUCGACCCUGAAACAGGAAGCUACGUGCAGCUGCCAGUGCAGCCACCAGAUGGUGCUGUUCUUCAGGCAUCACAAAUGGAAGUGCUGUCUCCGCCACUAGUUGUUUACCAUGGCUUUGUCCCGGUGCCUUUGUCCCCCAUGGCUCAGAACCUCCAAGUACCUCAUGUGGAGAAAGACUUAGACGUGUCCAGGCAAAUCCACUGUAAGGAUGGACAUCCGUAUUUGGAGCCCGUUUAUGGGCAACAUGAACACACGCUCGGCGACUUUCUCGGCACUGAGGAGGUGGACUGUCCGAGUUGAUAGGAAUGAAUUUGAAAAGCAACAAAGAUAACAACUACUGUUGUUUCACGUUUGUUUCACUGGAUUAACUUUAUUCAAGUCAGUUUUAUUUGUUUAUGGAUUUAUGGAUUUAAUUGCCUUUUUUGUUGAGAUGUCCAGUGCCAGUGUCAGGCCCAAAUAGGGGGUUAUGCAUCUGGCAUUGAAACUAAGCCAAAAGCCAACAUCAACAACAACAUUUGACUUAUUCUACACAAAUACAGUCAAACUACAAAUACAGAUACUGUAGAUACCUCCUUAAUUGACUUGCCUUUAUGCCUGAUGACUUGAAUGUACACUGCAGAGAGAUGAACUUGAGUGAGGUGAAAGGUUUCUAUUAGACAUUUUUUGGAAAGGGAUGUGAAUAAUCCAUGAUAAAGAAAAGACUGAAUGUAAAUGUGGAAUAUUUAUUAUAAAUGCUAUGAGAUUACAUUGUUGAAGAAUGGCAGUGAUUAGCGGUAGUAACCUCUGCAUUUUGAAGCGUUUAGUUGUAUUUGCAGCAGAAGUUUCCAAUCGCUUCUGAGCUUCAUAAGGCAAACCGCAUUGAAUUGACCUGGAUGUCAUUAUUUUGCAUGCCGUCAAAGACGUCACACACCGAGCUAGCAUUUGUGGAAUUUAUUGAGUUUUCAAACAAGUACACAACACAAAUGUGACAUGAUUUUGCAAAAUCAAUAUUUGUUGUAUUGGUGUUUUUUUUUUAAUGUAGGGUAAACCAGAGCUGAACUGUGUAUGUGAUCCAUUCCAAUAAAAAAAACAACACAGCAGCAUUGCAACUUGUUACUGUCAGUAAAUAUGAAUAUAAAUAUGAAUAUAACCUUGCGGUAUUAUCACACAAUUGCCCAUAUGUGUGAUUAUUGUAUUUUUUACCUGCUUUGAAAUGAGAAGUUUAGUGAGAAGAAGGCAUUCAAGUAUUAUAUGUUAUAUAAGUUUUGUUGGAUGAUCGGAUAAUAUUAAAGUUCAGAAGAACCGCAUACAGUACAAUUAUUCUGUCAAAAGAACAAAUACAUUUAGAAGUUGAAAAGGUGAAGUGCAUUAUUAUUAUUAU